GUCCUUUCCCCCCCAAGCUCUCUCAGCCUUUCGUUCUUUCAAGUUGCGAGACUGAAUAGUCGGUCUUCCUUCCAUUGGUAUUGCCUUUUCCUUACUCUGUCCUUUCUUGUCAGAUUCCGAACUCCACUCUGAGAAGCUGGCUUCUCGUUAACCAAAGCUCUUAGCUGGCUGUGGUAACCAAAAGUCCCAACAUAAUGUCUUUAGCACCUUACUACUAUAGACCACUCACGCCUCCGGAGGCCUCCGGCGCUGCUGGUCAGCGUGGACAUGCUCGGAACUUGUCGACCUCGUCGUACUGCACAGUCGACACUUCGCCUGAGUCAGUAAUUACUGUUAAUUCGACCCCCAAUCGAUCUCCAGUUCUUCGGCAGCAUGGCCCAACAUUGCUUCCUAAGAUCAGGAAUCAGGAUUCGUCGAAGGAUUCUCACCUAGCCCGUCGCCCAUCGAUGCACCGACGAACCUUGUCCUACAUCAACAACACCAAAAAUGUCCGCCCGCCAAUGUACAGGAGUGCGACCGAGCCUGCAGAAUGUAUUUCAAUGAUGUCCCCAGUAUCCAAUGCUCCGAAUUCCCGAUCGAACUCGGUGAUGCCCUCGCCGACCGUGUCCAAAGCACAACUCAGUGUGCCGACAAAGACACAUUCUCGGUCAACCUCGGCCUCGAGCAUUGACAGUAAUGUGCUGAAUCGAUUUGGGUAUCCUACCUAUCGUCAGAUGCCUGUCUUCAUGGCUCACAACCAGCAAACGCCAUCUCCAGACCUUUUUGCAACGAACUACAUGCCGUACACCAACAUGGCCAUGCCUGAGCCGCCUAUGAUCAAUCUUGAAGGCACAUUUGACUUGCCAAUUGACCUCGACACCAUCUCGCGUCCAUGCUCCAUGAGCCCGCCGCCAUUGCUUGCACCGGCGUCAACAGCCAGCAUGCUUUCCUACCUGACUCAACCCACCCAGCCAAUCAACCUGGUUAGACAUCUCACCUACCAGACUGGUCGAGGUCUCACUAACCACUUCUGGUGGGAUGUUCGCAAUGUCCGGCCCUGGAAAUCAUUCUCGCUGCAAACGAUGGCGACGAUCCCUGACCUCCUUACGCUGCUGAAUUUUCAGCAUGAUACAGCAUGCUUACCAUUCACCAACGCCAACACAAAUACUGUAACUCCUGCAUCCGAGCUGGAUCUCGCCAACUUGGUCUCUAAGAUCUACUUCCCCAAAGUCAACGCAGCGACCAGGUUGUCGCUCGGGAACAACUCUGUCUGCUUGUAUCCUGCGCCGGCCCCAACUGGUUCUGGCGUCAGUUCCAAUGCCGCCAAUAUCCCUACAUUCCUGGCCAACUAUCCCAGCGACAAUGACCGCACUCUCUCGGGUCUACCACGGGGACGUGUCGUAGGCUUGGUACGCUCAUUCGAUCGGUGGAACACGGGCAUGCGCCGAGAAGGCCCGGCCCGUAAGGUCGAGUACCUCCGCACCCUGGCGCAUCUGCAGAAAUGCAUGCGUGACCACAGUUGCCGCUACGGGUUCAUCAUCACUGAGAUCGAACUCGUCUGCGUCCGUGCCGGCUGCGAUGACCGCGAUCAGCCAUACUUUGGUCUUCUUGAGGUCGCGGAAGCUGUAGAGACCAAGACCUUCGCUGGCAAGGAGGGCAAUCUCACCGGAAGUGGUAACGUCACGAUGACGGUCACUUUGGCGCUGUACUAUCUCCUCAUGCUGGCGAAGGCGACACCUCUCCCGGGUCAACCUGGCAGCUAUAUGGACGUUGGCGGCUCUGGUACGUUGACGAGGCAAAGAGUUUGGGACGGUGGAAACGGCACAGGAGAUGGUACGAUCACAAUUGACGAGGACGGCGACGUCGAGGAGCUUGGUAAGGAUGGCAAGGACAAGUGGAUUCCUGAACCACAAAUGGGCGAGAAGAGAGAGGCCAGGACUGUGAGAGGCUGGGUCUGGCCGAGUGAUCCGUGGCAUAAGCGGGAGGGUGAACGUGGGGAACGAGGAACUGGGAGGGGCCGAGGGCGAUGCUGAGACAGAAAGAAAGAGAGGUAUACUACGAGGGGGAUAGUAUAUCGGCGUUGACGCAGAAGCAUUCCAUCCAGGUGAUGAGCUCGAAUGCAUAGGUACAGGAAAAGGUAAUCCAAGGUAGAGUAUUGAUAGUGCAAAUUUGGUGAUAAUCUAGCAUACAAUCCAG